GAGCCAUUUGUGUUUCUCAGCACUUGUGUCCUUUGCUUUUCUCGUCAAAAAAAUUAACCAACCCGGGUCCUAGAACCCAGAGCCAGAAGCCCUGGAGUCCUCUUCUCUUAAAUGGCCCUCGUCCAAAUCGAUUUGUGCGAUUUUGAUGCCUACCGCGAUGCCGAAAGGAUGGUAACCGAGUGCCAUGACUUUGCCGACCACAUAAUGGUGGCCGAAUUUCUGCCCUUCAACGAGAGGGUGGCCUACAUCAAUAUCCGCACCCUGGAGCAGGUGGUCUACUGCGUGGAGCUCAGUCACUGCGGUUAUAGGAUCGUCUCCUACAACUUUGAUGAUGUCGCCGACGACGUGGAGGCCUGUGAUACCAUCUAUCCCUCCGCACAUCAGCUAUUCGCGGGGAUAAGUCCGCUCUACGCAGAGGAAUUUGGCUUUGGAAGAGUGCCGCUGAAGCAGAAGUAGGAGCAGGACUAAGGGGGAUUCCUGGCAGGGAAGGGAAAAAUGUGUAAAAUUUGUCUGCUAAUUGGCAAUUGCCCGGUCCGGGCCCCUCCAAAAGUGAUAAUUAAACGUUUUGCAGGUAAAUGACUUGAUUGCAAUAAUAAAGCCCCCGGCUCUGGGUUGGAUUUGGAGUUGUA